GGGAAAACAGGGGAGAAGCAGUGUAUUUUAAAUCGAUAUUUUUUAAAUGUACAUGUUAGAUUUUGGACUUGUAUUGCAUCGACUGGAUGAUUAAUGUCUUUUUCUUGCUAUAUAGAAUAUUUUGUAUAAAAAUGGUGGUGUUUGUGGGUCUAAAAUACGAUUGAAUAUAUAGAUUGAUCCACUACUACCAGGCCGCUGCGCCUCCGCUCUCAGCUGGUACAGCGACCGUGGAAAUUGAUACGUCAAUUUAAUGUUAGCCCGCUGGCUUCCUUUGGGAGUUCGAGUCCAGUUGGCUCUUUAUCAUCAGAAGACCAUGACUUUGACCCCACGGCAGAGAUGUUAGUUCAUGAGUAUGAUGAUGAGAGGACCUUAGAGGAGGAAGAGUCGCUGGAAGGAGAGCGGAACUUCAAUUCUGAAAUUGCAGAUUUGGAGAAGGAGGGUAAUAUGCCUUUGGAGGAGCUGCUGGCCAUCUACCGCUAUGAGGGGUCAGCAGGCUCCAGUAUAGACAGCUCCUCUGGUGACCUGACAGACGAGCUGCCAGAUAUGACGCUCGAUAAGGAGGAGAUCGCUAAAGACCUGCUGUCGGGUGAUUAUGAGGAGGAGACCCAGUCUUCAGCCGAUGAUCUAACUCCUUCAGUCACAUCCCACGAGGCCACAGACUUCUUCCCCAGAACCCUCCGAUCGAAUGCGAUGGACGGCGAUAAGGAAUCUGAGUGUGAUGAAGAUGGCCCCAGUCCAGAGGACUCGAGAAAGGAAAUCAUGGUGGGGAGUCAGUAUCAAGCUGAUGUCCCAGCCUGUAUCUGUCACUAUGAAGAUGGAGAGAAAGUUUAUGAAGACGACGACGAGCUGCUCUGGAGUCCAAACAUGCUGGCAGAAAACAAGGUUAGGGCGUUUCUGGUGGACGUCUUGUCACGGAUUGCUGAGGAAAAGACGGGAUGUGACAAACCAGGGCUGUCGGUCCGGGACGACGAGAAGGCGUUAUUUGAACUUUUAAACUGCAAAUUUAACCCUCAUGAAGCACUAGAACGAUAUUGCAGUCACGUUAAAUCCACAAUGGAUGAAUCCCCUCCCUGGACAGAAGAGGAGUGCCGAAGUUUUGAACACGCUCUACAGAUGUACGACAAAAACUUUCACCUCAUACAGAAGCACAAGGUGCCGACGCGGUCGGUAGCACAGUGUGUGGCGUUCUACUACAUGUGGAAGAAGUCGGAGCGGUUUGACUUUUUUGUGCAGCAGAACCGAUUCGGGAAGAAAAAGUAUAACAGCUAUCCUGGUGUAACCGCCACCCCAAAGAUCUCAACGCCUCGAAUAUCAUCCCAGCACCCACUUUCCUUGCGCCACCAGAAAACACAUUGUUCCCCCAUGUGGGGCGAAUGCAGAAGGGACUUGAUGGACAGGCUGGUGGACGAGGCGGAGGGCCUGGCCGUGGAGAGCUCCUCCUCCGUGGCGUCUGGGGGAGGCGGAGGCGGGGGAAGGAUGGAGCAGGCGACUGACCAGCAGCUCAGCCUGCUCAACUCCAUCACCGCCAGCGACCUCACCGCCUUGAGCAACAGCGUGGCCACGGUGUGCAGUCCUGCCGAGGGCGGGGGCUGCAUGGACGGCUACGGCCUGCCCCCCCUGGAGGGCCUCCAUCGGGGAUCCCUGAGCCACGACGAGCCCAUGGGCUUCUCGGCCACCGGCGGCGACCCCGGUCGCCUGGACAUGCUGGACGCCGGCUUCUACCACUCGGACCACCUGGGCGGGGGGUGCGGGGGCAAGGACUGUGAGCGGCCCUCCAAGAGACUCAAGAUGGCGUUGCCUGACUCCUACAUCGGCGACGUCUCGGUGGGUAACCUCGGCGUGGACUUUGAGGCGCGGCGCACCACGACGCACCACCGCCGCAUCACGGGCGCUAAAAUGGCGGUCUCCGUCACAGACUUCGGGAGCUUGGCCGGCAGCGGCGAGCCCAACGGCUUUCUGGGGGCGCACGCGCGACACCACACACAGCACAGCGCCGCACUGCAGUCAGAGUGAUCGUCCUCGGCCACGCCCCCCCUUCCAUCCCUUUUAAAAACCAACCUCUCACUUGUACAUAAGACUCGACCCACUGGAGACUCGGAUUUGUUUAAAUUCUAUUAUAUAAAUAUAUAUACAUAUAUCUAUAUAUAUGUAAAUGAAUAUACUUUGUUUGUUCUUUUUGUGUAAUAUGACAUCAGUGAUGUCUAUCAUAUAGUACUAAAAUCUUGAUUUUCUCUCAAGAGUUUAUAUAGCCAUUUAUUUUAUUUGUUUUGGUGGACCUGAGGUGUGUGUGUGUGUGUGUGUGUGUGUGUGUGUGUGUGUGUGUGUGUGUGUGUGUGUGUGUGUGUGUGUGUGUGUGUGUGUGUGUGUGUGUGUGUGUGUGUGUGUGUGUGUGUGUGUGUGUGUGUGUGUGUGUGUGUGUGUGUGUGUGUGUGUGUGUGUGUGAGAGUGAGUGAACGUCCAUGUACAUUGGGCCCCAGAGGCUGCAGUUUGAGGAGCGUUGUGUAUCUUCCUCCUUCCCCUCACACAUCCACACGUAAUCCUGCCAUUGUAUUCAGCUGCCAAAAACAGCCUAUGUUUCAGCCUAUAUUAAUCGUUUUCAGUUGCAUACGCUUAAUAGUGUUCUGUGUUUAUUUUUUGAAUCGGUACAUUUGUUAAUUCAGUGUUUUGGUUUACAGGUUCUUUGAUUGAAGCCCGGUUGGAUUCAUUUGUAUUGUUUGGUUUGUUUUUACCUUUCACGGUUAGCCUGGCUUUAAGUGAAAGGCAUCCUUAACUUAGCACGGAGACCUAGACGGUCACAGGAAGAAGCACUUAAGUUGCUACGGUCUCCUGUCUGAGCGGUCUGUUACUUUUUACUAUUUUGUUCUCCUCUCCUGUGGAAGCUUGUUUCAUAGUUUGUUUGUCAUUUCAGUUUAACAAUCCAAAGUUGCCAAAAGGAAUCGUGUUCUAGGAAUCCCAAUUGACCUUUAAUGCUCUCCUUCGAUUGAUCUUUGAUUUAUUUAAGAAAUGUAUUAAUUCCAUAUAUUCACUAACCUGGGUGGCUGUACAGCACUUGUUUACAGUAACAUUACAGGAAUCCUUUUUAUUUUUCAUAGUAAGGUAGCAAUCAUUACACUUCUAAAGCAUAACAGAGGCAAUAUGAAAAUAGAAGUUACCAGAAAGCAUUAUGGUCGUUCUAGUUAAUAUUUCUAGCUUUAAUUUGAUGGAAAAAAGUAGGCGCAAUGUUAAUCCAAAGUCAAUUAAUUUAAUUUUUUAUCAUUGACAGUUCUAAUAAUGCUUUCUUUUCUUUUGUAAGUAGCGCCAGUUAUAAACCACUUUGGCAGUUUGCAUUUACCUGCUAUCAGUAUUAUUUCUUCAUUAUAAGCCACUCUUGGGUUUUUGAAUCUCUGCACUGUUAGAGAGUAUGCUUUUGCAUUGUUUUGUUAUUUUUGUUUUGUGUCCAGUCGGCAUCUUGUAGCAGAAAUGAAGCUAUUUUCUCAUAGACUGAAUCAAGCAGUUGUAAGGUGAAGUCGUUUUGUCAGUUGAAUGGAUGCAGUAGUAGUGUUAAUUUAUCUAUGCAUUGUGAUAUAAGUAGUUUGUUUCAGGGGUACAUUGUGCUGAAUGUUUCUUCAUGUCCAUAAAUCUGCAGUUUAAUCCACAAUUUUGUGUGUACAGACAGGAUUCUUGCCUAUAUGAACCAUCAUUAGUUUGUGAAAUCAGAAUUAGUAAAACUUAAUGUCCAGCAUCAUAGGAGACAUUCACUUAUGUCUUUCUUGUAAAUUGAUUAGCAAAUAGCCUUUAAAGUCUAUUACCUGACCUCUUAACACUUGUGAAUCAGUGCUGAAAAACAAAGCUUGUAAUUUAAUUUUGUCAAAAGGCAAUAAUUUGUAGAUAUGUACAGAUUUAUUUUGUCUCUCCCCAAUUGAACAUAGUUUUGUUCGUUUUUUGGAUUUAUUUUAGAUCUUCCAUUUUAGAAAGAAUUUACACCCAGAUACCAAGAGACUGCUUAACCACGCAUGACCGCUGUCUUCUCUUCCCAAUUCUGAAGUAACUGCUACACUGAUUAUCAUUGGUAUUAUUACUCAAUGUUGCAUUUUCUUUGUGUUAAUCUUUUAAGUCAUGUGUAAAAGACUCAUCUUCCCUUUUUACAACGAAACGAAAAGAAAAAACAGUAAAGUGUCUCAGUUUAGCCUCGAUGGUUUAGGGAUGGCUGUAGCCGCUGUCUGUGGAGAGCUAGGUUCUCUUUGAAAAAUGCAAUGUGCAGUAAAAUGCAGUAGAUCCUAGGGCUGCUCGAUUAUGGGAAAAAAUCAUAAUCACGAUUACUUUGGUCAACAUUGAAAUCACGAUUAUUCAAACGAUUAUUUUUGAGUUUAAAAACAUGUAUUUAUUCAGCAUGUCUCCGAAUUAUUUUUUUGUAACAGAACUUUCGCCUUAAAAUACACAAUGAUCAAAAAUGUAAUGUUCCAAUCUAAAAUGAUAAACAGAUAUUUGAUUAUGUUAAUUUUGUGAUCGUUUUGACGCUGAAAUCGAAAUCGUGAUCAAAAUUCGAUUAAUCGCCCAGCCCUAGUAGAUCCUCUCGGCUCUUCUAGCGUUAGCAGUGCAGUGAUAAUUUAUUUUGCCUGUCCUUUUUGUACAAAUACAGACAAACUGUCCGAAUGUAAAGGCCAUUGACUUAAAAGUAGGCUAUUUUUUAUUUUACCACCCAUCUCGAAAAAUGUGACCUUUUAUUGAUAACUGGUAUCGAAAUUGUGUGUGUACGCAAGCACUAACACAUUUAUGUUUUUGGAGUUAAACAAGGAAAAGGUAUAGCAGUUGUGGUUUUAAGAAUACAUUUAAGUCCUUUGGUGAUAAAGAAAAAUACCUUUUGUGAAUAAAAAACUACAAAACUUAUAAUGUAUAUCCAGAAAUAUAGACAAUCAAAACAUUCACUAUCAGAAAAUGUUCAAAAAUCUAUCUUUAUUGUUUAUAAAAAAAUUGUACAUAGACAUGUUUUUUUCUUUUGUUAAACAUUAUUUUGUAUUUUCUGUUGUACUUUAAUAACUUGUGUACAGAUCCAGAAAUAAAGCUCUGGAAAAGGUUCUGUUCUUGCUUUACUCAUUAAACCGCUGCAAUGAUGAGCUAUAUCUGCAUAGAAACUGACAUGACAAAUAUUACAAUUAUUGUUCAUAACCCCCACAGAAUCAUGCUAUGAUGCUGUGUGUUUCAAUGUUCAAUGUCAUGCAAUCUGUUAAUGGGGUACCUUAGGGAUAACCUUUUUAUAGGGAGAUUACAAGUAUAUUGUAAUUGGUUUGUCUACAUCUUUAAGUUAACUUCUGAAAAGGGUGGCCUUUUAGCAAUUUUGAAUCAUAAAUGCAUAUAAAAUGCAAAUAUAAUAUUAAAAACUACCUUUUUAGGGGUAUUGCCAGAGUAAGGAAGUCCUCAGCCAGAGUAACAUCUACACCGCUACCUUGGAGGGCGUCUUCAGCCUGUCUUUUGAGCAGGAGAAUGUCAUCGUCAUCCCCUUCCUUCUGCAGGGCACAAGGCU